AUGGCUCCAUACCUAGGAACUGAUAAUAAUCACCAUCAAGGCACUGAACAAGCCAACACCUUGCUAGCGGGCACCACGUCAGCGUUAGAACAGUUGAUUACCAAGGCGAAGCAUAACCUGCCUGAAGAGUCGCUACCUCAUAUUGCCAACGUCAAGUUUUCGACUGCAAACACGGGAAGCCCGUACUUUCCCAGUCCACUGAAGCAAACGGAGGCCAUUUCAGCUCUUAAGGCGGUUGAAGCAGGAGUUGCAUCUGCUAUAGUUGAUUUACAACAUGCUCAAAGACCACGAAACAUUGCCGUGGAUCUCGAAAGAGCGACCGCUUUCCUGUUCUCGACAUAUCUAGCCACUGUAGGGGGGUUCGAUAAAUCAAACCCAAAAGCGAAGAAGUUACUCAAAGAUACCGACCUUCUCCAAGCGCAGUCUAUCCUUUACCGCAGAUUAUCCGCAAACCUCUAUCAGACGAAGAACCCAGGAAAAUACUUUCACCUUCAUGGCUCUCUUGAGGCAACUAAAGCGCUGAACAUGAUUGGUCUGGAAGGAUCACGGCCCGACUUGACAGAAUAUCAUGAAUGCAUCAAGGUUAUCGAGGAUCAUGUCAGACAAUACACUGUCGGCCAGCUCGAAGAGAUGAAUUCGGAGAUCAAACAAGCCGGUGUAACUUGCCUAAAGUGGGAGGAUUUCCAAAGAACCGAUCACGGACAGGCACUCCUUCAACAACCACCUUGGAAGGUAGAGAUUCUCGAGACUGAAACCCCCGCGACUCCUUUUCCUUUCAAGUCGUCGCGUGCACCUAAACCACAAAUUCUUGCCGGUAUCCGCGUCCUCGAACUUUGUCGCAUCAUUGCAGGACCGGCAAUGGGCCGUGGUCUUGCCGAAUACGGCGCUGAGGUCAUCAAGGUCACAUCGCCGAACCUCUCCGACGUGCCUUUCUUUCAAGUGGAUGCAAAUAUUGGCAAGCACACUACCGACCUGAAUUUAAAAGAAACAAACGACCGAGCUACCUUCGAAGAGCUUUUACAGUCUGCAGAUGUGGUUUUAGAUGGAUACCGGCCCGGCAGCCUGGAUCGUCUCGGAUAUGGACCUAAACAGCUCCUCCGCCUUGCCAAGAAGCGCGGUAAGGGCUUCGUCUACGUCGCCGAAAACUGCUUCGGACACACUGGGCCAUGGUCGUCACGACCAGGCUGGCAACAAAUCGCAGACUGCGUGACAGGUGUGGCCUGGGCUCAGGGCCAAGCAAUGGGAUUGGAUGAGCCUAUCGUCCCACCCUUUCCUAUGAGCGAUUAUGGUACGGGCUGCAUGGGCACCAUUGCUGCACUUGUUGGACUACACAGACGAGCGAAGGUCGGUGGGAGCUAUCUGGGUACCACAUCUUUGUGUCAGUAUGACAUAUACCUACUUCAACUUGGACUUUACGACGAGCGCAUGAUGGCAGAGCUAAGGAAGGAGCACGACCGGGAGUUUUUCCAGUUGCGACAUCAUGACUCGGUAGAUGAGGUUGGCAAGAGAGCACUGAAGACCAUGAGACGAACACAUCCAGAAUUGUUCGAGGACCGACAUAUGCAGGAGUGCUACAGCAAAGGGUUCAAUGCGAAUGUUAGGACUAUCCGGCCAGUUGUCAAUAUCGAAGGUUACUGGAACGGCUUCUUGCGUAGCUCCCGCCCCAACGGUUUCGACAAACCUACUUGGGAUAAUUGGGAGAUUGAAGAAGCUUUAUUGCAGGCUUGA